AUGACGUCCGCCCGCUUGGUGUACGUGCUGUCCCCCGCCAAGACACUGAACUUUACGACCUCCUGCAUCUCACAAUGCACCCAACCACGUCAGCUCUCUCACACACACGAGUUAGUUGAGCAGCUGCGCACAUUGUCACACACCAAGAUCAAGUCGUUAUUUGGGGUAAGUGACGCCUUGGCCAAGCUCAAUGUUGACCGAUAUCAAGUGUUUGAUACGUCAAAAUCGGCAACUGAAGCUUCAAACCCUAGUGAAACUCUAAAACAGGCCGUGCUGGCCUUUAGUGGUCCAGCGUAUCAGGGGUUGGGGGCGUAUAAUCUAUCGAAGCUGGACGUUGAAUACGCCCAGACCCAUCUUCGUAUUUUUUGCGGUCUUUAUGGGAUACUGAGACCACUAGACUUAAUUCAGCCCUAUCGAUUGGAAAUGGGUCAAAAACUUGCCAAUAGCAGAGGAAAAGAUCUGUACGAGUUCUGGGGGGACACUAUUGUAUACGAACUGGAUGCUUUAUUCAGUGAAGAAGAAGCCAAAGAAAACGUCAAGCUGCCACGGGUGUUGGUCAAUGUCGCUUCACAAGAAUAUUUCAAGAGUUUGCCCCAAUCCGCUUUGAAAGCAGCGGGGAUAAUGGUGGUCACUUGUGUCUUUAAAGACGACGGGAAAAUCAAGUCGGUGUACGCCAAACGCGCCCGAGGGCUCAUGUGCAGAUACCUAAUUCAGAAACGAGUGGACUCGUUAGAAGGUAUUGCAGGUUUUGAUUUGGAAGGAUACAAGUACGCGAGCACCGCUUCGAGUGACGACACUUAUGUGUUUGCUCGUACUGGUGCAGAACAAAAGCUGUGUCUGCAACAGACAAACAACGUGAAUGCAAUGUCAAGUGUAAAAGCAAAGCGAAGGGUCAAAAAUUCGGCUCGAAGUCAGUCAGUGGUUGAGGUUGAAAUUGAAAACGAUCAAGAUCGAUCUCAACUACGUCGUUCCACACGCAAGAAGCGCAAGACAAAGUGA